AUGGCGAUUAAAGGACAAGUUGUCGCCGAUUUCUUCCUGGAGUUCACUAAACCUACCCCAACCACGGCCCCUCCACCCCCACCAACACUUACCGACCCAGAAGACCCUCACUCAUGGACUCUCAACGUCGACGGGUCAUCUCGCAGGGAAGGCAGCGGGGCUGGUCUCAUUCUCACCGUCCCUGAUGGUGGUUAUUUCAAAUGUGCUCUCCGUUUCUUGUUCGAGGCCAGCAACUAUGAGGCCGAGUAUGAAGCAUUGAUAGCAGGUCUCCGCCUAGCCAGGGAUAUUGGUGUUAGCCACAUCCAGGUGUUCAGUGACUCCAAGCUCAUUGUCGGACAAAUUACGGGGAAAUUCGAUGCCAAGGAGAACACAAUGCCUUACCCUUGUUCGCCUCUUCAAUACCUUCCACAUCAAACACAUCCCUAG